AUUAAAUUUACAUCAAUAAAAUAAUCGGUCAAGUCAGCAGCAGUCAGUUUAGUUCUUCAGUGACCGCUGAACGGACGCGUUGUCACUGUAUAACAAGAAAAAAAAAACAUUUUUCGUCGAAUUAAUUCUAAUAUUUCGUGAAUAGUUUUAGAAAUUAAAAAAAAAGUGGUCGUGUCCAGUGGUUCAAAAGUUGGGAAACCUUUGCGUGUUUAAAUUAAAAAAAAAAAAACAAUAAACAAUCAUGGCGGAAGGUGACAUGCCUUUGGUCACAAGUUACGGUGGCAGCGAAAUUGAAUAUGGCGCGAACGGGACCAAAGUGUCAAAAAAUUCAAGGAUGUCAACCCUGCUGUUCUGGCAGGGCAAGGGCAAAGCCAACGGGUCGCCCAACGCGAGGAAUUGGAUCCAUGCACCAGAUGCGUUGAUCAAGGGCCAUGUUGCGUAUUUAGUUAAGUUCCUAGGCUGCACACAAGUGGACCAGCCCAAAGGCAUCGAAGUAGUCAAGGAUGCGAUAAAGAAGCUGCAGUUCACGCAGCAGCUGAAGAAAUCGGAGACCAAAGACGCUGCCAAGUGCAAGAAAGUCGAGAUCACCGUGUCGGUAGAUGGAGUUGCUAUACAGGAGCCGAGAUCAAACAACGUAAUGUACCAAUUCCCUCUACACCGGAUAUCCUACUGCGCGGACGACAAGGGCGCCAAGAAAUACUUCUCAUUUAUUGCCAAAGGUGGCAGUACAGUGAACGGCGUGAACGGGCACGACGGAAGCAGCACGGAGAAGCACGAGUGCUUCGUGUUCAUCUCCACCAAGCUGGCCUCCGAGAUCACGCUCACCAUCGGACAGGCCUUCGACUUGGCUUACAGGCGGUUCCUGAACGACAACGGCAAGUACAUGGAGAUGCAGAAGCUAACUCUGCAGAAUAAGCGGCUCGAACUACAGAUGAGCACUUACAAAAACCGCUUACAGGAGCUAUCAAAAAUAACGUACAAGGACGAUCUAACGGCGUACCUCUCGCGCAACAACUUAAACGACAUCGCGGAGUGGAAGCCGCCGCUAGAGCUGGAGAAGCAGAUCUCCUCUCUCACUCUCGCCAACGGCUUCAGCGCCAUGAACGGCACCAAGACGCCUGAUAUGGGUGCAGACGCCCUAUCAAACAACUCGACAGACACAUUCAACUCGUCAAACGACAACAAUCUGUUGCUGUCGACUCCACCACCUACACAUAAUGGAAAAUCUUCUCAAAGUGUAGGCAAAUUCCUUGGCGAUCUAUCAUCUAGCAAAAACCCGACCGUCGGAACGCGGCUAGAAAAUCUGCUUCUAAACUCAGACUCAGACAGUGAUUUCGACCCGCGCGCCUUUGAAUCUGAGCCGGUGACGCGUUUCACGUCCCCCGUCGUCGACAAUACUCAUCAACUCGCCUCCACUCCGCCUUUACUGGCACCACCACCAAAAGCAUCCAAGCGUCAAACUCAACCGCAACAACAACAAUCUCAACACCAACAACAACAAUCUCAACCCCAACAACCGCAAACUCAGCCACCAAUCCCACCACUCAACGGGAACGAUCUAUUUGGCUCAACGCCUUUCUCACUCCCAAAUCAAAACCAAGUUCAAAAUACGUCCCCUUUUGGAGCACAGAAUAAACCAAAUUAUGAUAUCAAGGAUUUUAACCUCCAAACAUCGGUUUUUAAUACAACCUCCUUUACAAAUGGACUUUCGGGCUAUGAUCCUUUUGACACUCAAAAGGCGGGAAAUAAUAUUUUCGCAAAUGGCUACGGUAAUGCGUUUAACGGUUUUGGAAAUCUCAGCGAGAAGCAACCUGUGGAGUUGGACAGCAACUUUAGCGGAUUCUUGGAUAAAACUAUUUCGGAGAUGAAGGAUGGAUUCAGCAGAGGGAUCACCUUUGGAAACGAUGAUUUUUCAAUAGAUAAUCUCGAUCCCCUGAAAAAGAAUUGAAAAUUAAACAAAAAUAUGAAAUAAUAUAAAAAAUAGUUACAAUUUUUUAGAUCUUUGUAUUAAUUCACACAACUUAGUGUAAAUUAAUGCAAUAAAAUGAUAUCUAUUUAAAAAAAAAUAUUAUUUCAAAUUUUAGUUUUUAAGUCGUGUUGUGUGAAUUGAGUCGACGAUUCGAAAAAAACUAAAUGUUGCCAUGUUUUGGUUACAAAUAAAUGAUUUUACGUGAUAAUAGAUAAUUCGCGAAUUAUGAAU